AUGGACGAGUUGAACCUGAAAGCAGAGAAGCCCAACGCCAUUCGAACACACAAUAUCUUAGGCGCCAUUUGCAAAACCCUUCGCAUUGUUGAACUCUGCCUCGCAAUCCUUCUCCUUUCAUGGAUCCUCACUCGCCUCCCUUUCGCCGUCACCAUCUCCGCCGAAUACCUCCGCACACUCUCCGCCUUCGCCGCCAGCCCUCUCUUCGUCUUCGCCCUCUCCAACGCCAUCAUCGCCGCCCUCCUCGCCCAAUCCGGCAGCUUCGCCGCCCAACACUCCGCCUCUCCCGACGCCGACGCCGGACUCUACCUAGAGUUCUUGAACAACCGCGAUCGCGACAGGCCUCAGUCCGAAGACGAUGUUCCUCCGCCGCCGCCGGCGGAGGCGGUGGAGUACCAGGAUAAGCAGGUUAUCUCCGUGACGGUUCCGGAUUCCGGCGCCGGAGCUGCUUCGGAUAUCGCCAAUUAUCGUCGGAGUCAGUCGGAGAAGUGGAAGGGAAAGACAGAGAAGGUGCCGCCGCGGAGAGAACUCCGGCGGUCGGAGACGGAGAAGAAGCGGCGAGAAUAUCCGCCGGAAAAUUUGUAUCCGCAAGAUAAACUGAGCAAUGAGGAGUUCCAGCGCGCCAUUGAAGCUUUCAUCGCAAAGCAAAUAAGGUUUCUGCGGGAAGAAAAUCCCUCGCAGAUUUAG